AUGGAGGGAGCACAUUACCUGCCGCAUGUGAUGUGCGCUCUCCUGUCAUCCCCUCCCCCUCCCGAGGGGAUGGUGGCACAGCAGUAUGAAGCCCCACAGCACUACGAUUCAUCUACAGUCACCUCUGUACUUUUUCCGGACCUCCACCAGUCUCAGGACCACUUCCCGUUCGUCCCGCAGCAGCAGCAGCAGAGCCAGCAGGAGGUCAUCCCCGCCCCCACCUUCGAUACGUAUCAGACGGAACCCACUGAGCCCGGCCCGCUAGAUUGCCGUGAGGAGCAAUACCCGUGUACCCGCCUCUACUCUGUACACAAACCCUGCAAGCAGUGCCUACAGGGGAUCUGUCUGUACAGUCUGCGGCGAAUGUAUGUGAUAAACAAGGAGAUCUGCACCCGCAUGGUGUGCCAACACGACGAGCUGCUGAGAGGUGAGCGAGGGGGCGGGGCUUAG